AUGUUCCAUUCUACUUGGGUGUCUCCUCAGGCAGCCACGACGUUCUCCUUCCGGGCUGACCUCGAUCAUGGCCAGUGGCGCACACUCGAGAGGUACAUCCUCGACUACAUGCUACAGGAGGGCUUGUGGCCGUCCCAAGCCGCUCGCCAGUGCACCGACGGCAACACCUCGGUGACCGUGCACACCGGCGCCGAGUGGAGUGGUCGCUUCGAAGGCGACGUCUGCACACUCAUCUACCAGGUCGCUGGCGAGAUUGCGCACGUUCCUCCCCACUGCGCCACUGACGACAGGAUCAGCAUCACAUACGCGCGUUAA